CUAGUAAUUGUAAAGAAUCCAUUUGGGAAGAAAGAUUUUGCGAUAAAAGUGCCCUCAGGAAGUCUUGUUAGUGGCGGACGUGCAUGGGAGACGAGUGCGCUUGCUGAAUUGAGAUGGUUCAUCGCAGACACUUUAAAACCGUAUAUGUUUGUGUGGCUUAGCAGUCUGCCAUCGAAAUUUUCCAAUAAAGAUUUAGCUGAUGAAGUGAAGUCUGGACUAAGCAGUGUAGAAGAAUGUAUCGAUGGGGCAAUCGGAGAAGUGCUUGGAGAUUGCAUUUCCGACAGAUUUUCUAGUGAUGUUUGGAGACGUGUUCCAGAUUUGCUGUUCCCACGUCAUGAUUGGGCUGAGUUGACCCGAAGACUAAUGCCACUUAUGAUCAAUCAUUUCACUUCCAUUCGAUGCAUGAAUGUGGUCGAAGCAAAUACGUGUCGACGUGAUCCACUUGAACAAGGUGACUUCUUUGAUCACAUCCUCUCCAAAAGGUCAGGAAAACUUGAAAAACGGCGUUCUACCGCAAAUGCUAUGCAUGAUACUAUUGCAUACAUGUGA